AUGGUAAAUUGUCUUGUCAAAUCCUUCUGGCAUUCCGAGUCCUUCCAUCCGACAUUCCGAGUCCUUCCAUCCGACAUUCCGAGUCCUUCCUUCUGGCAUUCCGAGUCCUUCCAUCCGACAGGAAAAAAAUUUCCCGACAACUGGAAAAAAAUUUCCUUCCGACAGGCAAAAUUUUUUCUGUUGUUCGUCCGUAAACCAUUCAAAUUUUCGAAAAUUGAGAACUUUUUGGUCGAACUUCAGGAAAAGUUUUUUCUUCCGACAGAAAAAGUUUUUCCCGACAACUGGAAAAGUUCUUCCUUCCGACAGGACACAAACGAAUGUCCGACGUUCCUCUUCCUGAAUGCCUUCCAAAGCCAGAAGAACCGACAGACCCAGCACCACAACAGACUUACUAAGACUAAACACUUACAUUUUUACGCUUGA